AUGUCUUCUUUUGCUUCUACAAUUUCUCAAGCUUAUAUGAAUACAAAGUCUAGUUCCUUUCAAAACGAUAAUGACUUGCAGCCUUUAGCAUCAAACUAUGCUAAAAGACUUGAUUACGCCAAUACAUGCCCUGAAGCAUUCCUAUUACAAGAUUUGACUAUACAAGCACCAUGGAACACUUUUACAGAUCUCAAUUGCCCAGAAUAUUCUAUUAUACACCAAGACAUGAAUCGCACUUGUAAUAACCAUAAUAAUCAUAAUAGUACACUUUUCGGCUACCAUGGCCUGAUCAAAAAUGAGGCUACUUACCUCUGUCCAGAACAACAAACGGUUACACCCUCAUGUAAAAAUAUCGCGUACCCCAGUCAGCAGCACCCUUUCAUCGCAGACGGAGGACCUUCACCAAUGACGAGCUCAGGAGGUACACUGACCUGGCAGCAGAGUAUACUUCAAAAGAAGCCAAAAGAAGAGUACACACAGUGGUUACCAUCCAUUCAAAGUUCAACCUUGACGAGUCCUGUCAAUUCUGAGCAUUCAAUGGACGAAAAGUUUGUCAAGAAAAGAAGCAUAGUAGACCAGGAUCUGAUCUCGGCUCCUUCAGUUGUCUCUAGCAUGAGCGAGCCCAUACGAACGAGCGUGCAAUACCCAGCCGUUUAUCCUCAACAACCUCGUAAACGGACAAGGUCCCUUCAACAUGAUUCUUCCACUGACGUCAAUCACCAUAACGUUUGUAACAAUACGACUGAAGGAGUCAUCAAGGCUUCAUCAGAUAGUUCAGAUGAUCAGUAUCUUCAACCCUUGGCUGAAACAGUAAACUUUGUGAACACAGCAGUAGCAUCUGAGGUUGCAUACUCCGAUAAUUAUUACGAUACGGUUAGGAACAAUCAGAUGCUCGCAGCUAUUCCUCGUCGACAAAAGUUGCGUUACGAAGGUGAUCAUUACACCCCCAAGUGGGUCCGUUAUACAGGACACCUUAAAGAGGGCUACUGCGAUAGUUGUAAUCCUGGUAAGUGGCUGCAGCUGAAAAACAGCGCUUACUGGUACCACAAACAGUUCUACCACGGCAUCUCUUCCGUCUCUGGUAAACCAUUUAUAAAGCCUAUAGAACAGCGAAUGGGGAAAGGCGAUAUCAUUGAGGGUCUUUGUCAUCAGUGUCAUCGAUUUGUCCCAGCGUGCAACGGCAAAAAAAAGAAUAACUAUAUGCUUUGGUAUCGUCACGCUCAUAAAUGUCAUUUAUAUGAUAAACCAAAGAUAGUUCCAAAAACUUCCGUUAGUACCAGUAGCAGCAGUAACAGCAGUAUUAGUAGCGGUAGUAGCAGUAGUAGAUCUUCACUCCCAUAUUCUUCAAUAACGGCAACAGAUGAAUAG